AAAGGAUAAUAAAUAAAGCACCAAUUGUAAUAGUAAUGAAAGGAACUCGAAGUAGACCCAAAUGUAUUUAUACAAGGCAACUUAUGGAAAUAUUUGACUCCAUAAAAAUUAAGUACGAAACUUUUGAUGUUUUAUGUGAUGAAGAAUUAAGAAUUGCCUUUAAAACAUAUUCGGAUUGGCCGACUUAUCCUCAAGUUUAUCAAAAUGGAGAAUUAAUUGGAGGAUAUGAAACUAUUAAAGAUUUAUACGAUAAUUCUGAGAUAGAAUUCACACUAUAGAAAAAUGAAAAAAAAAUUUCGUAAGUUUAAAAAAAUCUUUAGAAUUUAAUUUGUUUAAUAUUUUUAUUAAACUUUUUAUUUUUUUUUUUACAUUAACUCAUUUAAUAAUCAAAAACAAUUCUUAUAUAUAAUAUACAAAAAGAAAGUAUAAAUUAUCUCACCAUUUAUAAUUUUUUAAAUUCUAUUUCUACAUCUUUCGUUUCUUUUGAUUCUUUUUGCCAGCAAGUGCACCUUUUUUA